CUGAGGUCCAGGCUGCCAGUUCCAGCAGACGUCCUGACUCUGCACUGAAGUCCUCUCGCCAUGGACGCCAGCACCAGACCCUUCAGCCUGACCGGCUUAAAGGUGACCCCGGCCUUGCUGCACCCUCCUCCUCCUCCACCACCACCACACCUUUUCCUCCGGGCUCCAGUGCUGGAGCGAGGAUACCCACGGACUCCCAAGUGCGCCCGGUGCCGCAACCACGGCAUGGUGUCUGCCCUCAAGGGCCACAAGCGUUUUUGCCGCUGGAGGGACUGUGUGUGCGCCAAGUGUACCCUCAUAGCAGAGAGGCAGCGGGUGAUGGCGGCGCAGGUGGCCCUCAGAAGGCAGCAGGCACAGGAGGAGAAUGAGGCCAGGGAGAUCCGCCUUUUGUACCCUGCAGGAGGGGCGCCGAUCACUGGUGUGCCUGGGCAGCCUGCAGGCUCACCAUUGGGGCCCGAGAUGCACACUACAAGGAACCACUCAUCUGAUUUUGAUGUUUUCAGAACAGAGAGCUCCAAAGAUGAUGACAGCCUGAGCAAGCACGCUUACAACGCAUUCAUGGUCCAACCCCUCAUGGCUCCACCCACUUCAAGGCCCACAGCCCCAGACAAGGACAAUUUGAUGACAGACCAGCGUACAGCAAGCCCCACGUCGGUAUCUUCCGAUGCGGAUUCGGGUAGCGAGUUGGAGAAACCUAAGGACUACCACAUGCCAAGUCUAGAUCGGGAACCAGCCGAAAUCUUAGCCAAGAUCUUCCCCCAUCAGAAACGUGACACCCUUGAGACUACCGUAAGAUCAUGCAAAGGCGACAUUGUGAAGUCCAUCGAGUUGGUGCUAACCGCCAAAGAUAGCAAUCCGACUCAGAAGCCAUCGCAGGAAUCCGCUUUCUCGCCAGUCUACAUGCCACCCGUAGUUGGAGAUUACGGGCUAACCCCCCACCUUGGAGUCAAUCCCUUACGACUUGCCUACUCGACUGCGGCAAACGCUAGCAUGGCUGGUUUUAUGUCACCAUAUGUGACGUCCGGACUGAUGCCAGUGUUUCCGCUGCGCCCUCCAUCCUUGGACGCGUACUCGUUCCCCAGUGUGAUCCGAGACCUUUCGUACCUUCAGAGUAAAGAGUUGCUCUGCAGCGCAAGUCUGUACAAACGUCUGACCAAUGACAAGUGAUCGUUUUUAAAGCCCUUUCUUGUUUCAGGUAGCAAGUCAAACAUCAAGCUUAUGUUUGUUGUGCAUGUACAUCUUGUACAAAGUCAUUUGUAACAUGAAUAAAACUUUUAAA